AUGGCCACCACAACGGAGGAAAGCUCUCCUCUCCCUACCCAGAGAGAACCACACAGACCCGGCCCAGAACCCAUCCUGAGACAGCUAGAACAAUACCAGCCUCACCUAGAACCAAGACUAGAAUGUAGUCUAGAACCCAGUCCUGGACCCAUCCUAAACCAGGACCAGACUCUAUCUCAGACCCCUUUUCCUUCCCCAUCCCCGUCCCACCGCGACAGAGAGGAAGAGGAGGAUGAGGACGAAGAGGAAGGAGGUAACUCCGGACCAGGACCAGAGCCUAUGGGAGGUGAACAUUCAGACCCGGAAUGGGUUGAGGAGAGAUUCCGAAUCGAUAGGAAGAAACUGGAGGCCAUGCUGUAUGGUAAGUUUGCUGAACAGGUGUGAUGUGGUCUUGUGGUUAUGCUUUGACUUUCAGUGUGGUCAUAAGUUGACCAAGAUUGAAUCGUGAUAGUACAUACAUUCGUACAGUUACCUGAGUUGACUCAAAGAAAUGUAUGAGUUCACAGUACAGUAAUUGUAAUGCUGUCCACAGUUCUUCUGCAUAAUGUGAAUCCUGAGAUGCUCUUAGCACCUGUCUGGAACAGCACCUCAGUAUAUAAUUGUCAGGUCAUUAAGCAGCUGUCAUCAUUGUUGUUAAGCAUGGUUAAAGUUUCUGCCUUGAUGAUUUAUGAGAUAAUCUUGCUUGUGUAUUCACAGAUGUGAGGCUCAGACAGGGGUACGGGAGUAUCAUCAUUCCCAUUCUGGCAUGACAGUAGUGUAGAGGUGUCUGUCUGUGUUGGUUAUCAGUGCAGAGCAGGUCUGUGGCAAACUUCCUCCCCUGUGUUACAUUGGAAACUCUGGCAGGAGUAGUGAAUUAGAGGCUGUUAUUUCUCUCCUUCAGCCUUGAUGUGGAGGAAUCUGAGUAUCUGAGAAGGCUUCAUGCUGUUCAUAGAGUGUAUGAUUUGUUUUAGUGUGUGUGCGUGUGGUGUGUGUGCGUGUGUGUGUGUGAGAGAGAGAGAGAGAGAGAAGCGAGAGAGAGAGAGAGAGAGAGAGAGAGAGAGAGAGAGCGAGAGAGAGAGAGAGAGAGAGCGAGAGAGAGAGAGAGAGAGAGAGAGAGAGAGAGAGAGAGAGAGAGAGAGAGAGAGAGAUUGCAUGGGUAGUGCUGUGAAUAAGCCACACAACUCACACUGUGCUAGCCAGCCAGUUUUUGAUAAACAUCAUAUUCUCUUUCCCUUGAGUGUUAGUUAGCAUGCUGUGUUGGGACUGAGAUCUGGGACGUUAGGGUGCAAAUAAUCACUAUAGACGGAUAGGUAUCCUAGUUGUUUUUCCAUCCAUUUCUAGAGUGUGACAGUGGUUGUUGUUUAAUUUCUGGUGGGGUAGGGGGUCCAUGCGUCAGUGAAAUACAUUUGACGCGAUUAGCUGUCUCUGGGGCUGGCUUUUGGUGCCCCCCUCUCCUCUCUCUCCGCCCCAUGCUGCUCGCUCGCCCAUUCCUUGGUUUCGAGGGAGCGUAACCCAUGGCGAUUAGAGGACGGGGGCUUUUUACAGGGUGAGGGGGGAGCCCCCAUAAAUGUCCUUGUGAAGCGAUGGCCUUUCAAAAAUGUUUACCUUCCAGCCCUCGUCCCCCUCUUCUCUGCAAAUUUCAACUCUCCCUGUUUAAAUGUUGACCCUUAGAUCUCACAUACUUCUCUCUUUGAAGAGAAGUGUUGCUUAGACACAAACAAACCAUUAACCAGUAACCCUGUCUGAUUAUUGUUUAUACUGUAUGUUUGUAUAUCUUUAUACCUCCGAUUAUGUGCAAUAAGUGACUCUCUCUCUACCUUUCUGUCUCUUCCUUCUCUUUUACCCUUCUAUCUUUCUCUUUUCUCAGCCCCUAGACAUGGAGAGGGACUUACAGGUGAAGAGUUCUUUGAGAGAGUAAGUAUGCAGAACAAAGGUCACACUGACACUGAGAAUAAAGGAUGGAGAUCAAAUAAAAACAAUGAUAGGCAGACAUUCAUAUAAUGCAGAAAAUAACUUAAAUGAAACGACCUGCAUUUAAAAGUCUACAGAUUUCCCAGAGGAAGUCUGUAUAGAGAACAUGAAAGGUCACAGACUGACUGUCGACAUUGUUUCUCAGCAAUUUGUCGUUGUUACGGCGGUGAUGAACCUCUUUGAGAUGCUAAUGAAGUAUUGUCUUCUCUGAAUAGGACAUGCUUUGGUGUGUGUGUGGGGGGGGGCUGGUGUUGCUCUCAUGGUAAAACACCUGUCUUUCAGACUCCUUAGUUUCUCUGUCUCACACAUAUUGACACCUGUUUUUUCUCACAUUUUUUCUUGCAGGUGAUGGUGGAAACUAACACCCAGGUGAAAUGGCCAUCAAAGCUGAAAAUAGGAGCCAAGUCAAAAAAAGGUGAUGUUAACGCUAUCUGGUCCAGAACACCUGACACCUCAAUACUCAAACAACCUGUCUCAAUCUGUCUCAAUCUGUCUCAACCUGCCUCAAUCUGUCUCAACCUGUCUCAAUCUGUCUCAAUCUGUCUCAACCUGUCUCAAUCUGUCUCAACCUGUCUCAAUCUGUCUCAACCUGUCUCAAUCUGUCUCAAUCUGUCUCAACCUGUCUCAACCUGUCUCAAUCUGUCUCAACCUGUCUCAACCUGUCUCAACCUGUCUCAACCUGUCUCAAUCUGUUUCAAUCUGUCUCAACCUGUCUCAACCUGUCUCAAUCUGUCUCAACCUGUCUCAACCUGUCUCAAUCUGUCUCAACCUGUCUCAAUCUGUCUCAACCUGUCUCAGUCUGUCUCAAUCUGUCAACCUGUCUCAAUCUGUCUCAAUCUCCUAUACAACAUGAUAUGCAAUAUUAUACUAAAGAUGUAUCAGACUUCCUGCUAGUACAUGUCUUUUAGAUGAAUUGUUAGUAUCCUGUCUCUUGUAUCGAUACUGCAGACCCCCAUGUGAAAGUGGAUGGGAAGAGAGCCAAUGUUCAAGAGGCCAAAAAGAAGAUUCUAGAACUUUUGGAGACAAAGGUGAGUGUCCUAAACUGAGGUAUAAUCAAAUACCUCACAUGUAAUUAAGUAAACUAACUAAAUACAGUUAGUUAAACCCAUGUUCUCCUGAGCCAGGUCAACAAGGUGACCCUGAAGAUGGACGUGGCCCACACAGAACACUCCCAUGUGAUCGGGAAAGGGGGCGGGAACAUCAAGAAGGUGAUGGAGAUGACAUCAUGCCACAUCCACUUUCCUGACUCCAACCGCCACAACGCCACUGGAGAAAAGAGCAACCAGGUACUGUCUCUAAGUAACCCAGAACAGUUUCUUAGCAACUGUCUCUAAGCAACCAGGUACAGCAUCUUAGUAACUGAGUAUUGUCCCAUAGCAACCAGGUACUGCCCGUUAGCUAUUGUCCUUCAGCAAUUUUAUUUUGUCUCUCCCUUCCCUCUCUCUGCCUCCCCUGUCCAGGUGUCCAUCGCUGGGCCUGUCCAAGGGGUGGAGGCAGCCAGGAAGAGGAUACGAGUCAGUGUCUCUACAUCUUAAUGCAUUGGUGGCUUUCAUCUUAUUUUGUGCAUGAGAUCUAUACAUUAUCAUGACCUCUCACCCUUCUCUCUUUUGUGUCCCUCAGGAUCUUCAGCCCCUGGUGUUGACCUUUGACCUCCCAGUGACCCUGGUGUCCCAGGCCCUGCCGGAUGCAGCGUCGCCGGUCAUCCAGCAGGUGGCGCAGGCUCUGGGGGUCAGUGUGAGCUUCAGGGCCCAGCCCAGACUGUACAGCAGCUGCUGUGUGGUUAGAGCACUGCAGGGCAAUGCCGCCGCCAUCAAGGUCAGUGGAACACAGAUGUACUGAGAGCCACACACACAGACACACACACACACACAGACAGACACACACAGACAUACACACACACAGACACACACACACACACACACACAGACAUACACACACAGACAUACACACACACACACACACACACACUCCCAUUUCUCUGUCUCGUUGUUUUCUCUAUUUCUUUGUGACUUUUAGAUGCACUUCCUCCUUACUUUCAUAAAAGAAACCUCCACUCUCUCUCAAUUCAAUUCAAUUUCAAUUAAAUUCAAUUAAAUGUAAGGGCUUUAGUAGCAUGGGAAACAUAUGUUAACAUUGCCAAAGCAAGUGAAGUAGAUAGUAAACAAAAGUGAAAUAAACAAUAAAUAUUAACAGUAAACAUUACACUCAGAAGUUCCAAAUGAAUAAAGACAUUUCAAAUGUCAUAUUAUAUAUAUAUAUAUACAGUGUUGUAACAAUGUGCAAAUAUAUGGGAAAAUAAAUAAACAUAAAUAUGGGUUGUAUUUACAAUGGUGGUUGUUCUUCACGGGUUGCCCUUUUCUUGUGGCAACAGGUCACAAAUCUUGCUGCUGUGAUGGCACACUGUGGUUUUUCACCCAUUAGAUAAGGGAGUUUAUCAAAACUGGGUUUGUUUUCGAAUUCUUUAUGGAUCUCUGUAAUCUGAGGGAAAUAUGUGUCUCUAAUAUGGUCAUACAUUUGGCAGGAGGUUAGGAAGAGCAGCUCAGUUUCCACCUCAUUUUGUGGGCAGUGUGCACAUAGCCUAUCUUCUCUUGAGAGCCAGGUCUGCCUACGGCGGCCUUUCUCAAUAGCAAGGCUAUGCUCACUGAGUCUGUACAUAGUCAAAGUUUUCCUUAAGUUUGGGUCAGUCACAGUGGUCAGGUAUUCUGCCACUGUGUACUCUCGGUUUAGGGCCAAAUAGCAUUCUAGUUUGCUCUGUUUUUUUUGUUAAUUCUUUCCAAUGUGUGAAGUAAUUCUCUUUUUGUUUUCUCAUGUUUUGGUUGGGUCUAAUUGUGUUGUUGUUGUUGUCCUGGGGCUCUGUGGGGUCUGUUUGUGUUUGUGAACAGAGCCCCAGGACCAGCUUACUUAGGGGACUCUUCUCCAAGUUCAUCUCUGUAGGUGAUGGCUUUGUUAUGAAAGGUUUGGGAAUCGCUUCCUUUUAAGUGGUUAUAGAAUUUAACGGCUCUUUUCUGGAUUUUGAUCAUUAGCGGGUAUCGGCCUAAUUCUGCUCUGCAUGCAUUAUUUGGUGUUUUUCGUUGUACAUGGAGGAUAUUUUUGCAGAAUUCUGCAUGCAGAGUCUCAAUUUGGUGUUUGUCCCAUUUUGUGAAUUCUUGGUUGGUGAGGGGACCCCAGACCUCACAACCAUAAAGGGCAAUGGGUUCUAUAACUGAUUCAAGUAUUUUUAGACCGAUCCUAAUUGGUAUGUCGAAUUUUAUGUUCCUUUUGAUGGCGUAGAAGGCCCUUCUUGCCUUGUCUCUCAGAUCGUUCACAGCUUGGUGGAAGUUACCUGUGGCGCUGAUGUUUAGGCCGAGGUAUGUGUAGUUUUUUGUGUGCUCUAGGGCAACGGUGUCUAGAUGGAAUUUGUAUUUGUGGUCCUGGCAACUGGACCUUUUUUGGAACACCAUUAUUUUUGUCUUACUGAGAUUUACUGUCAGGGCCCAGGUCUGACAGAAUCGGUGCAGAAGAUCUAGGUGCUGCUGUAGGCCCUCCUUGGUUGGUGACAGAAGCACCAGAUCAUCAGCAAACAGUAGACAUUUGACUUCAGAUUCUAGUAGGGUGAGGCUGGGUGCUGCAGACUGUUCUAGUGCCCUCGCUAAUUCGUUGAUAUACAUGUUGAAGAGGGUGGGGCUUAAACUGUAUCCCUGUCUCUGUGUGUGUUUUUUGCCAAUUUUAACCGCACACUUGUUGUUUGUGUACAUGGAUUUUAUAAUGUCAUAUGUUUUUCCCCCAACCCCACUUUCCAUCAAUUUGUAUAGCAGACCCACAUGCCAAAUUGAGUCAAAAGCUUUUUUGAAAUCAACAAAGCAUGAGAAGACUCUCUCUCUCUCUCUCUCUCUCUCUGUCUCUCUCUACCUCUGAACCCUAACAGAAGGCGGUGUGUGUGCUGAUGGAGCUGCUGCUGGGGUCGGAGCUCGGGGCUGGGGGUCAGGGUGGGGUCACGGGGCUGGUCAGCACCCAGCUGGACGUGACCUCCCAGCAGCACCUCUUCCUGCUGGGGCAGAACGGAGCCCACUUCCUGGGGGUCAUGCACCAGACCCAGACCCAGAUAGUUCUGCCAGACCUCAACGCCCCACAGAACCCCCCCUCACUGCUCAUCCAGGGAAGCCCAGACGGAGUGUGUCUGGCCAGGCAGCAACUCAUGGUGAGGAGCGGUCAAAGUUGACGUUUUUAUUUUGAUUAAUUGAUUGAUUAUUUGAUUCAACCAGACAGACAGUUAGAUUUGAGGUAAAAGUGGAACCUUGUUUACUGUGGAGAAUUGCUAAGAGAGGACCGUAAGAAAACCCUCUGUUGUCGUUCUACAGGACUGUCUGCCUGUGUGCCUGAUGUUUGACAUGCGUGAGGAUGGGGAGGCAGACCCUCGUAAACUGGCUCAGAUGAUGCAGAGUCUGGGGGUCUUCAUCAGCGUCAAACCCAAAGUCAAACAGACCGCCAAGGUACAAUAGUGCUAUAGCAAGUGUUAUAGUCAUAUUAUUGCUAAAUGUGUGUGAUGAAGUACUGUACUGUGUUGGACUAUAUUUCCUGGUUUGUAUGACAUGGGGAGAAUCUCAAUUGCAUACUCCUCGUGUCCUCUCUCCUCUCUCCUAGCCUCCUUCCCAAAACCAUUUGAUGAGAAAGAGGUCCCUCCCCUCUGACCUUCUCCUCCAAUUGGUUUUGAGAAGGAGGUGAGGAGAGAGGACACGAGGAGUAUGCAAUUGAGAUUCUCCCAUUGUUUUGUGUGUUGGACUACAUUUCCUGGUUCGAAUGACAUUGUGUUGUGUGUUGGACUACAUUUCCCAGUCAGUGGUGGUAAAGGGUCUGGAGAGGAACAUCCCCAGUCUGUACGAGGCUCGGCGGCUGCUGCUAGGGCUGGCGUCCAGCGAAGUCGCCAUGACAGCCAAGAUGAACUCUGACCCCAUGUUGGCCGGUAACGGGCUGACCAACUACUGGCUCAACAUGCUGCUGCAGCAACUCCGCCUCUCCGACCACGGUGUGUGUGUUUGUGUGUGUGUGUGUGUGUGUGUUAGUGUCUUUUCAUUUAUGUAUCACUGUUUUCACCUGUCCUAUUCUAAUCUUUCAUCUGGUCUUCCUUUGUCUCAGGCUCAGUGCCCACCGCUGAGGCUGUGAAUGGCUCUUUUUCCCAAACUAAACCUCACCCGUCACCCCCACCAGGCCUAACUCCGCCCUCUGAGGAAGUGAGGAUGGGACUGAAGGGGAAAGAGAGCAGGCAACUGGAGAAGGUGUGGAGAGAUAGGGUCACCAUCAGAUCACAGUAUUAAUCCAUAUAACUAACAGACAACAUUACAAAAAAAACAGCCACCGUUAGCCCGCUUGUACUAGACUCAGUUAAGUGAAGUACUGUGAGAAUUUGAGAGAGUGUGAGAUAUAUUGGAUUGAUACCACAGGAGGCUGCUGAGGGGAGGACGGCCCAUAAUAAUCGCUGGAAUGGAGUGAAUGGAAUGGUAUCAAACACAUUCCAUUCAUUCCGUUCCAGCCAUUACUAUGAGCCCGUCCUCCCCAAUUAAGGUGCCACCAACCUCCUGUGAUUGAUACAGUAGUAAGGCGUUUCCCUGCAGGGGAUUUGAUUCUGCAGUUGUCCUAAGGGUGGUGCUAUUGGAUCAGUAGGAUCAGGUUUGACCAAUGAGAUCACCUCUGUUUCCCCAGAUCCCAGAAAACGAGGAUCCAUCCGGCCUGUCUGACGAGGACGAGAGCCCUAGUCCGAUGACAUCAGAGCUGAGUGAUGUCAUGAGCCAGGUCAGGAUGAUAAGUCGGAGGAGCAGCCUCCAGGGUCCUGAAGUCUGCAGGUUCCUCAACCAGGGGAGACGCCACUCAACAGGCCAGGUCAUGAACAUGAGGUAAACACAUUCACACUAGGGAGUGUACUGUGACAUUAAGUUGUCCCUAGACACAAUGGUUGAGGUUAGGAUUUUUGUUGGAUAGGCCCAAAUAUCUGUGGAUUUGAUCUGGGGCCCCUGUUUUUUCAGAAGGGAAUUAAAAACUAUAAAACCAAAAAAUAUUUUUUAUGUUUUGCCUUUUGUUCUGCUGUUUGAUAUAUUGCCUCUGGAAAACAACAAGUUAAUUUGGGACUGCAGUGUUAUUUUUUUGCAGUUUAGCAACACUCUCAUUCUAAAUAAUAAUAUCAGAACGGUAUUGCAUUUAUUCAUUCCCUCUCUCCAGUAUCAUGUCUCAAUGUUCCUUACAGCCCUUGGAUUAGUUGAGAGAGCUACUUGGCUAAGUGAGUCCUACAAACAGCCUUCAUGCUCUGUGGCUCAGACCUGACCUUGGUCUCACUGCUGCUGCUCUGUUGCAGACUGCUGGACGGAGAGAUGGAGGGAGGACGGAGUGAGAGACGCAACAGCCUGAGAGAGAUGGAGGGAGGGAGGGGUGAUAGUAGACGGAACAGCCUGAGAGAGAUGGAGGGAGGGAGGGGUGAUAGUAGACGGAACAGCCUGAGGAGGGAUGUGACUCAGACUCAGGACACUCUCUCUGACGUGUCAAGGAAUGAGGUGAGACUCUCACUCUGAUUUACAAUGAUUCAUUAAUAGGUUUUGUUGCACAUUGAUCGUGGAUGAGGUGAGAACUUCCCCCAGCUAGAACUUAAAAAACCUAAAUGAGAAAUAUAGAAGAGCAUGUUAUGUGUCACACAGUGUGACUUUGUAGACUGUGUCACACAGUGUGACUUUGUAGACUGUGUCACACAGUGUGACUUUGUAGACUGUGUCACCAAUUGAUUUCACCUCUUUCUUUGAGUCUUACAAAAUCUCAUUUGAAGAAUUUGAUUGUGUGUUUGUGGUGGUUGUUGUUUUUGCCCUUAUUUGUCCUAUUUGUGCCGCUGUACCAAAGGUUACCGUGGGGAAAACAUGUUUAUCUCCACGGUAAUGACAGGAUGUGCUAGGUCAAGUCAUCUUCUGUUCUCUCAGUAAAUCAGGUUCCCCCACAGAACACAUCAUUUACAGAACAGCGUAACUGCAUUUCCUCCUUUAUUUACCGACUUCAUCCCCCUUUUCCUGUUUCUGCAGGAUUACGACUAUGAGAUGAAGAAACUGCUGGCAACUAGAGGUGAGUCCUUUUAAAUAUCCUGUUGUGUGAUCAGAAGCUCAGCUCAUUAAAAACAUCAUUUUGGUUUGUCCAGGGUUCAGUCACACAGAAAGGUAUUUUUGGACCUGCAGAGGAGUCCUACCAAGAGGGACCCAUUUAGCAGCUGCACCUGGCCAAAUUAGUUUUCAUUGCAUAUCAUUGGAAUGGGUCACUUGCCACUGUCUUCUAUUGAGAGACAAGGCAGCUCGUGUUUGUUAUUCAGAUCAGUGAUGGAGGGAAUACAAUUAAUCUGAGACUAUGAGCCAGAGCCUUGAGAGAGGACCCAUUUAUUUUCUGCACAUUGCCAGAGAGGUGAUGGAGGGGACACACUUAUGGUGUGCACCGUGCCAAAGUUAGAUAGAGGAUCAUUGCUACUCCCACUGAAUGUACACAUUCUGGUGUCUGAUACACUGUCUCAGCCACACAACCACACACACACACACACACACACACACACACACACACACACACACACACACACACAGACACACAUUCUCUUCACCAUCAUUCAGAAUUAGGGAUAUUCUGAGGAUCUUUAGCCAAAUGGUUCUAAAUUCCCUCAGUGUUGCUUUAUGGGAUUAUGAAUUAGCAGUUUGAAUGAGCCAUCUGCCUCUUGGUCAUUAUGAUACCCAUAUGUCUAUCUAUGAGAGCUAGACACACACACGUGCACGUGCACACACACACUCCCACAAUGUUUUUUUUACACAUCACACACUCAUACAUGGAUCCUGGAAUACACACUCUCACACUAAUUUCAAUGUGUUUAGUGUCUAUGACUAUGAGAUUCUUCAUUAAGCAUUCUAUAUCAGUGCAAUUCUCUGUGAAUCUAUCUGUAUUAUUCAACACCUGACAACAACGGCUACCAAUUAAACCACUGUUUGUGAGUGAUUGAUAUUUAUAACUUUGUGUGUAUGUUUCUUAGAGUAAGUAAGUUAUGUGUGUGUUUAUGUUUUUGUCUGUGUAUCUAUCUGAUCUGUCUAUGGCUGCGUUUACACAGGCAGUCUAAAUCUGAUAUUUUGCCAAUAAUUGGUCAUUUGAACAAUCAGAUCAGAUCUUUUGCCAAUAAUUGGGCAAAAAAAAUCAGAAUUGGUUGUCCUGUGUAAACGCAUCCUACGUGUGUGUGUGAGAUGCAUUUUAUCUGUACUCUCCCAGCCAUGCAGAGGAAUCCGGUGGUGACAGAGGUUCGGACCCCCACUGAUACCUGGAGUGGUCUGGGCUUCUCUAAGUCCAUGCCUGCCGAGGCUGUUAAGGAGCUACGCAACAUCAGCCGACGCAGCUACAAACCCUACCAGGCAAACACUGGCCAACAACAACAACAGGUACAACUGCUAAUAUCUUACCUGUACUAGAAUCCCUAUAAACCCUACCUGACAAACAUUGGAUAGCAACAGGUACAGCUCACCUUACUAGCUACUAUCAGCUUACCUGUGGAAAAUUGGCCAAAGGGUUUAAACCAGAAUUGUCUCACCUGUGAUACUAUUUCACCUGUACUAGGGUUAUCAUCUUACCUGCUUUUACAUCAACCAACAGAUUAGUACAACGAUAAAUAUUCCAUGGGCUGUAUUGCUGACCUGUCCUCUUAGUCUCCACCAGGCAGGGUUUAUCAGCCGUUAAGCAGCUGCCCUCGCUAAAUGUUCUGUGGACUAAUUUGGGUUAAUAGAUAAGAUUGGGAACUGUCUGAUGGCUUCUGUGUUGUUCUGCGCGAGGGGAUUUAGGAGUGUGUGCGUUUCGCCUAAGUGCCUGAUUAUUUUUUAGCGAGCUUGGAGAGGUAUUGAGCUGGUUGAGAGUUUGUUUAGAAAUAUGAUUAUUCUCAGUGUUAUUUGGCGCGAUUGGUAUUCUUGCACUGAGAAAUACCCAGAGCGGAGGAAAGAAACUGUGAGCACCAAUUACCUCCCUGUCUCAUCCACUCAUCCUCAGGGAGGGAGCGAGAGAAGGAGAGAGUGAGUGAGAGAGGGGGGUGGAGGAAAAGUGAGGAACAAAGCAAAGGAAGUGUAAACAAGCAGAAUAUAUGCAAUUAAACCCCAUCUCUCCCCCAUCCUUCUCUCCCCCAUCCUUCUCUCUCCCACUCUUUUCUCUCUUUUGCUCUCUCUCUCCAUGUAGACCUGGGUCCCGCAGAAUGGGAAGGAGAAAGUGUCUAAUGGCAGUAAUUCAGAGAACUGGCGUGACAGACGAGGAUCAUCCUCUUCAUCCUCCCCCAUUUUCCCUUCUCCAUCUUCCUCCUCCUCUUCCUCCCCCUCUAACUUCUCCUCUUCCUUCUCCUCCUCCACGUCGUCCUUCCCGGCAUUUGCGUCUUCAACAAACAGACCCCGAACCGAUAAAACCUGUAUGUUUUUUUCUGUGUCUCUAAGAGAGAGAGCGAGAGAGUGUGUCUACAAAGAGAAAUUUGAAUGAAAUGCAAUUCCAAUGUCUGGCUAAUCUUCAAUGUAGUCAGUAUCAAAGCUCUGCUUUAAAUGUCUUCCAUCUGACAGCUAUAGAAAGAUAUGAGAAGACUUUGUUAUGCGUAACUGUUCCUUCUGUCACUCCCCUACUCUCCCCAUCCCUCCCUGACCUCUUCACCUUUGACCUCUGACCCCUAGCGGAGAGCUUCCUGAGCUGCAGUAACUACUUUGAGUGCGUGUCCUCGGUGAGGGCGUUGACUGCUAGCCAGCGGAGCCCCUCCCCCCAGCCAACAGAUGACCUCCCAGAGCUACUGAGCCAGCUGGGUAUGGGGAAGUACAUCGACGUGUUCCAACAGCAAGAGGUACAGACAGACAGCUAGUGCCCCCUGGGGCAUAGAAGUAACACAUUCACAGAGAAACAGGUCAUUCCUCGAUCUGUUGAAGUAGCCUACAUAGGCAGGACUGACUGAGGUGUUUUCAGUGGCACAGAGGAUGACUCAAUGAUCAUCCAGUCUAUGUACUGUCUGAAGAACUGUGUUUUCAUGCCCCCUAUUUCCGCAGAUAGAUUUCCAGACUUUCCUGACUCUGUCUGACGAGGAUCUGAAAGAGGUGGGAGUGUCCACCUUUGGAGCGAGAAGGAAGAUGCUACUGGCCAUCUCAGGUGAGUGAUCGGUAAACACCAUAUAAAACCAAUCCACUUUUCUAACGUGGACAUCUUAUGUAUAGAACAUCUCUCUCUCGCUCUCUCUCUCCAUCCACCCAUACAUCCAGACCUAAACAAAAGCAAGAGGAAACUGUCAGAGACGCCUGCUGUGAAGCCAGUCUACCUAGAAGGCGGGGCUAGUGGCCGGCUCCCACGAAUCAUGGAUGAGGACAACGCUGCUCAAACAAACCACUGGUGAACCCCACACAACAUUACCUAACCUGGGUAGAACUGCCUGUAGGAACAGAUCCAGGAUCAGAUUGGCUUCCACAUAUCCUAACCUUGGUGGCAAACCCAAAAAUGACUUUAGAUCAGUGUCUAAGGGCAAUUUCAUCCUACUGCCAUGCCCUACACCAGCAGCCUUUACCCAAAGCCUGUCCUAACAACCUCAAGACCAGGAGGACCCUAGCAUUGGGAAGACUCCAGUAUUGUCUAAAGGAAUGCUGAGCAUUCAUACAAACUAUGUGACACUAUGUGGACUGUCACAGACAUUCUCUCUUUUCUAUUGGCCUCUCUUCUCCUCAGAUAGUGCCUUAUGCAAGUCUGUGUUCCUCUACUCUGUGUGUUGUGGGUUGAAGUCCACUGUUAACCACAUAUAUGCAUUGUACAUAAACCUACAAGGGAAAAAUGAGAAUGUAUAAUGAUAUUAUUAGAGAUGAUUAUUAAACGUUUCCAAAAACUUGCUGCCUCUUUUUUACCCGAGGACUCAACCAAAUGUUUCUCAAACCAAUUGAUCUGAAUUAAAGCCUUCGUUGGAAUGACUUGUAUUUUAGCACAGUAACCAAAUAUGAUCCAAUAAAUUAGAGGUCCACCGCUAGAGGGCACUGACGUCACAAACAGUGUGCUUUUUUGUAGGUUCAAGUCACAUUCUCCACUCCUUGUUAUUGCAUCAAUAGGCCUAAUUAUACGUCAAUUUUAGAAGGAAAUCAACCAGCAACGACAUUAAAUAGAGCUUGAUGGAAAGCCAGGAGUUGGGUUGCUAUAUGAACAUUCAAAUAAAUGAAUCAACAAAAAAAUUAUAGCCCAACGGAUUUAUUCUCGUGAGUAAUGUGAAACGCUUUCAAUAUUGUUUCUCCUCACCUGAGCGCACAUCUAAAAGUUCCAAUUACAUUUAUCAGCAGUUAGCAGGCGUGAAGUUAUUGCCUCCGUAUUUGAGUCGUUUCUCAUUUAUUUAGAAUAUUGGUAAUUAGGUGGGAUCACGAGGGCCUCCGGGGGCCAACAACCGAAUAUAAACGAUAUUGCUAGACUAGAUUGACGCGUUUUAUCAUACCAAAAUGAAAUUAUUUGGUUGUCAUUUUAAGUGAAAACUAUCUAGCAAUUUUUUAAAUAAGGCUAUGUGCACAUGGCUUUGAUAAACAUUUGCCAUAAGAAUACAAACAAGACCUAUAGAAAGCAGAGCAAAGCAAAUCAAUUCAUAGCACCAUAUUUUUUUUUGUACACUUCCAAAUCAGGCGGGUUGCCCCUCAUCGCACUGGUGGCGCUGCGGUUGCAUGUCUCAUCAGUCACACUGGGCACCGGAUGAAAAUAGUCCCGGGGAGCGACAGCCGCUCCGUAUCCACUCAGAGUGAAGACAUGUCGGACUGCCUGGUCCCAGAGCCAGGAGAGAUGAGAGAGGAUGUGGAAGGACUGGGUUGGGAGAGAUUAUCCCCGUUUAUUAUAACGACCGUGUCACUUACAUCGCAUGCUGCAGGCCACGUAGGCGUGAAUGAGAAACGCUUUGUUUGGACCCGUUUUUCUUUGGCUGCUAUGACAGACCCUGCUGGUUUUCUGUUCUACCUGAUAAUUAAUUUCACACACCUGGUGUCCCAUGUCUAAAUCAGUCCCUGAUAAGAGGGGAAGAAGGAAAAAGAGCAGUGGAACUGGCUUCGAGGUCAAAUUUUGAAUUUGAGGGGUGUAGGCUUUACCGUUUUGUUUUUCCACAGUCGAGUCCCUCUGCUCCUAGUGACAUCGGGCGCGGCGCUUGGUUCUGAAAGGACAGGGGUGCGGAAAGAUCGGCGCUCGCAAAUCUACUCUGCAGCGGGUCAGAAGGCGAAGCGCACAGGCCAUAUUGAAAUGGGAGACAACUCGAGGCUAUAUGAAAUAGGCCUAUAGCAGAUAAUAAACAUUAUUGUAAGUGACAGGUAUAUUCACAGUGCUCUAUUAUAUAGAAGCCUUAAUGGAGCCUAACAUUGCCAUAUGUUAUAGGACUAUACUCAAAGGAGCAUUCUAAAAAGACUGCCUAGGCUAUACUCGGCUCGCAUUUUGAUGACCAGAAAAGUUAUCUAGGGAUAACAACUAUAGAGGAAAAAUGUGUAUGCUUAUCUCAAUCAUGAAAGUACAGAAUAAUCCAUCACCCCAAAACAUAUCCUUCUUAUUGGCAGUAGUAUCACCUGGAAAUAUUGCCUUGCAACAACAAACAUUCGUUUAUUCCCUUGUGAAUGCACCAUUCCCUCCGUUGUAAAUCAAUGACACACCAGCUCUCUGCACUGCAAAGACAAAUAGAGAGGGAAGAAUGGAGGGAGACAUGGAGAGGGAGGUAUAGAGGAGGGGGGAGCGAUUGGGAGAGAGAGAGAGGGAGAGACCGCUAUCAGAGAGGCGGAGUCUGAGCGGAAGAGUUACCGAGGGUGGGAGAGAGACAGUUCUCACGAGGCUUGUUCCUGCUGCUCCUGGUCACGGUCAGUAUUACCGCGGAGUUCAGAGCUACCGGAGGUCCCGUGGAUAAUUAGGCUACUCUACCGUCUGACCGAAAAAAAAAACGUCUAACUGACAGCCACAGAAACUUCCCACCCUAGACCUCUGUUUUCCCCAGGAGUUGGACACAAGCUAUCCGAGGUAGGUGGACGGAAGAGCGGGGUGGGUUUGUGAACUAGGACCGGUGGAGACAGAUUUGUAUAUGAGAAGGAAAGGGAGAGAGUUAUGUAGUCUACGCAUUUCUGGUUCACUCCUGCUUUGGUAAAAGGAGAUGAGAGAGGCGCGCGCUCCAAGUAGACGGUAAUUGCCUAUUUAUACCGGCUGAGAGCCUCUCGAGCUAAUCGUUUUCCAGUGAUCCAUCUGCCACGGUGUGCAAAUGCGAUGUCUCCAAAUGUUUAUAAUCAACUUAGGAGGAGCAGCAAUUUCAUAAGAGGCAAUCUCCAGUAUUUACUCAGUCUAAUUCAUCCAAUCUAAUAGAUUGAAUAACAUCCUGUCCUUGUCCAUUUUGAUGCUGACAUAUUUACAUAAUGAAAUUAAUAUUCAAUCCAUGACAAAGUGCAGGUGAAUUAACCUACAUGUAGGUGCAUACUUGUAUGAACAAUUAUGCCUAGUCCACUUCAUGCGCAUCAGGGCAGCAGGCUCAUUUACCUCCCAUGCUGUCUUAAUUCCUCUCGUUCUCAAUGUCACUUUCUCUCUCAUUUUCUCUUUCAUUUUCUCUCUUAUUUCAGACGAUGCUUUUCUGUCUGCUGCCUCUCGCGGCUCUCUUGCUGCGCACGGAGGGCAGGCGCGGGGGAACCGUGGUCGGUAACAAAAACAUUGGCCACGCGCUGGACAACGACAAAUGGCUCAGCACCGUAUCUCAAUACGACAAGGACAGAUAUUGGAACAAAUUCAGAGAU